AAGUGGCCGCGCGCGGCGGAAGCCGAGGCCGGGACGCCGCGGGCCGGAGCGGAGCCGCCGCGAUGAUUCAGGCCAUCCUGGUGUUCAACAACCACGGGAAGCCGCGGCUCGUCCGCUUCUACCAGCGCUUCCCAGAAGAAAUUCAACAGCAGAUUGUUCGAGAGACCUUCCAUCUAGUUCUCAAGCGGGAUGACAACAUUUGUAACUUCUUGGAGGGUGGAAGCUUGAUUGGUGGCUCUGACUACAAGCUGAUUUACCGGCACUAUGCUACCCUCUACUUUGUGUUUUGUGUGGAUUCAUCAGAGAGUGAACUUGGGAUCUUGGACCUCAUCCAGGUUUUUGUGGAGACCCUGGAUAAGUGUUUCGAAAAUGUUUGUGAGUUGGACUUGAUCUUCCACAUGGACAAGGUGCACUACAUCCUCCAGGAGGUGGUGAUGGGCGGGAUGGUGCUGGAAACAAACAUGAAUGAAAUCGUGGCUCAGAUGGAAGCUCAGAACAGGCUGGAGAAAUCCGAGGGUGGUCUCUCGGCAGCCCCCGCCAGGGCUGUGUCUGCUGUGAAGAACAUCAAUCUCCCGGAGAUCCCUCGGAACAUCAACAUCGGCGAUCUCAACAUCAAAGUCCCCAACCUGUCCCAGUUUGUCUGAGGGCCAGGACCUGAACAGACUGGGGUGCGGGGGCCGGGCCGAGCCAGUCCCGCAGCAGCGCCUGCGCCCGGAGAGUCAUACCAGCAGGGCGGGGCUCCCUUCUCACAUUUGCGGUCCUGCGGCCUCCUCUGCACGUGGCCACUGCCCACGUGGGGGCCUGCCUUCCUCGGAGGGGCAGCACGGACAAGCCUCGCCCCGUCCCCCCGAUCCCCAGCGGCGGGGCCUGUAUCGAGAGGCCAUCUGCUUCUCAACCCCCACCCCCAGUGCUGUCCCUUCUCUGACAAGAGUCUCCUCAGCCCUCGAGGCUCUGAGGGCUGUCUCCUCUGCAGGCGAGGUAGCCGGAAAUUGGCUGAUGCUCAAGUUUGGGGGAUGAGGAGCGUAACAGGCAGGAUUUUACCAGAACCAGAGUUGCCUACCGGCUGCAUCAGGGUUGUCCGAGUUGGAGCCCCUUUGUGUGGUCGGCUCUCAGUGGCCCCCUCUGCAGAGCACGUCACCCCCUUGGUCCAGCCCUCGCGCUGCUCUGGAAGGGUUUAUGUGCCGGACGCAGUCCACACUCAAACCUGGUGUUUGUCCCCACACCGCACGGGGCGAGUGUGUCUCUAGAAGGUAAAACUGACUGUAAAACGGAAUAGUCCGGAGUCCGCUCUUGCAGGCUGGAAAUACAUUCUGCUCACGAGGAAGAGGCGCUCGGUCGCUGUGUUGUGAAUGCAGGAAGCCAGGGCCACUGUCCAGCUCUGGG